UUUGGCAUUCCGUGCGUGACGAGCGGCUAACACACUGUUUUUUUUUAGUCUCAAAAUUCUAACAAAUUUAUUGAUAAACUAGCAAUAUGCUCGUUUCGCCCCGCCCCCGCUGCGUGCACCGACAUUAAAGCGCACCAAAUCGUGCUAAUGGAGCAAUAUCGACGCCGUGCAAAUCGACAAAUUAACAGCCGCCGCUUCCAUUGAAUCGAAAUACCCAGCCCAAAAAAAAGAGAAAGAAAAAGUAAAAGAAACGCGUGCGAGAGCGAGAGGGCUAGAGCGACCAGGGGGAGAAAAGCAAAAUCGAGUGAAUUUUGUUUGUUGUAUCGGCUUUUCCCUGGAUUAAUACCGUUUUCCCUGUGAUUUUCCCCCACCAACUUUCCACGCCACCUCCCCCCCGCAUCCAUCGCAUUUCGUUUUGAUCGCGUUUUAUAUCGUCGAGGAGUUUUCCCGUGGAUUUCCGCAGUCGGCGCAGCUAAAAUGGACGCGGACAGGGGCGGCGGGCAGGAGACGAAGGUGAUAUACCACAUCGACGAUGAGACGACGCCGUAUCUGGUGAAGAUCCCCAUUCCAUCCGCCCAGGUGACGCUGCGCGAUUUCAAGCUGGUGCUGAACAAGCAGAACAACAACUACAAGUACUUCUUCAAGUCAAUGGACGCCGAUUUCGGUGUGGUCAAAGAGGAGAUAGCCGACGACUCCACCAUACUGCCCUGCUUCAAUGGGCGAGUGGUGUCCUGGCUGGUCUCCGCCGACGGUACCAAUCAGUCUGAUAACUGCUCCGAGCUGCCAACCAGUGAGUGCGAACUGGGCAUGGGUCUGACCAACAGGAAGCUACAGCAGCAACAGCAGCAGCAUCAGCAGCAACAGCAGCAACAACAGCAACAGCACCAGCAGCAGGUCCAACAGCAGCAGCAGCAGGUGCAGCCUGUCCAGCUGGCGCAGCAGCAACAGCAGCAGGUGCUCCAUCACCAGAAGAUGAUGGGCAAUCCGCUGCUGCAGCCGCCACCGCUCACAUAUCAAUCGGCAUCCGUGCUCUCCAGCGAUCUGGACUCGACCAGUCUCUUUGGCACCGAAUCCGAAUUGACGCUGGACCGCGACAUGACCGACUAUAGCAGCGUGCAGCGAUUGCAGGUGCGCAAGAAGCCGCAGAGGCGCAAAAAACGGGCGCCCAGCAUGUCGCGCACCUCCUCGUACAGCUCCAUAACCGACUCGACCAUGUCCCUAAAUAUCAUUACCGUCUCCAUCAACAUGGAGGCGGUCAACUUUCUGGGCAUAUCCAUUGUCGGCCAAUCGAAUCGCGGCGGCGACGGCGGCAUCUACGUGGGCAGCAUCAUGAAGGGCGGCGCAGUGGCACUCGAUGGACGCAUCGAGCCGGGCGACAUGAUCCUGCAGGUGAACGAUGUCAACUUCGAGAACAUGACCAACGACGAGGCGGUCCGUGUGCUAAGAGAAGUGGUCCAGAAGCCGGGACCCAUCAAGCUGGUGGUGGCCAAGUGCUGGGAUCCGAAUCCCAAGGGCUACUUCACCAUUCCGCGCACGGAGCCGGUGCGACCCAUCGAUCCCGGUGCCUGGGUGGCGCACACCCAGGCCCUCACAUCGCACGACAGUAUUAUUGCCGACAUUGCGGAGCCGAUCAAGGAGCGACUGGACCAGAAUAACCUCGAGGAGAUCGUUAAGGCGAUGACGAAGCCGGACAGCGGCCUGGAGAUCAGGGAUCGCAUGUGGCUAAAGAUAACGAUUCCCAAUGCAUUUAUCGGCGCCGAUGCGGUCAAUUGGGUGCUAGAGAAUGUGGAGGAUGUGCAGGAUAGGCGGGAGGCGCGAAGGAUCGUCUCGGCGAUGCUGCGCAGCAAUUACAUCAAGCAUACGGUCAAUAAGCUGACCUUCUCGGAGCAGUGCUACUACGUGGUGAACGAGGAGCGCAAUCCCAAUCUGCUGGGCCGAGGACAUCUGCAUCCGCACCAGCUGCCGCACGGGCAUGGCGGCCAUGCGCUCAGCCAUGCGGACACCGAGAGCAUCACCAGCGACAUCGGGCCGCUGCCGAACCCGCCCAUCUACAUGCCAUACUCGGCCACGUACAAUCCAAGUCACGGCUAUCAGCCGAUCCAGUACGGCAUCGCCGAGCGACACAUCUCGUCGGGAUCGAGUAGCAGCGAUGUGCUGACCAGCAAGGAUAUCUCGGCGUCGCAGAGCGACAUCACCUCGGUGAUCCAUCAGGCCAAUCAGCUGACCAUCGCCGCCCAUGGCUCCAACAAAUCCUCCGGCUCCUCCAAUCGCGGCGGCGGCGGAGGAGGCGGCGGUGGCGGCAACAAUACCAACGAUCAGGACGUAUCCGUAUUUAAUUACGUAUUGUAGAAACCUUUCUUUUUGCAAUCAAAUUGUGUUUUUAAUUAAUUAAAUUAAAUAUGUACGAUUAUUCUUUUUUA